CUGGCAGGAUGGGCACUGCGGCAGGGUCUCCCGCUUCCAGUGUGUCUUGCCGUGUUUCGGGGCUCAGCGCUGCAGGCUGAGGUCAUCAAAAAGAGAUCGAAAGCAUAGAGAGGGGUAACUUGCAAAAGGCAGAGCUCUCCGCUACUGUAGAUGGGGCGCUGGAUAUGUUGCCUUUGCUCCAGAGCUGCAGAUUCAUUGAUGCUGCUCCUGGUUUUGACUCUGAGCUGUAACCCUUCCGCAGCAGCAACAGCUUCUCCGUCUGCGCCCCACAUCAAACCCAGCUACAGUUUUGGCCGGACUUUCCUGGGACUCGAUAAAUGCAACGCCUGCAUUGGGACAUCCAUUUGCAAGAAAUUCUUUAAAGAAGAAAUAAGGUCAGAAACGUGGCUUUCUUCUCAUUUAAAGCUGCCUCCCAGCUACCUGCUCAGCUACUCGGGCAACUACACUGACGAUGCCAAGAGCUGGCGUCUGGUCGACAUCACCCGGCUGACCUCCAAGUACCGGCACGACCGGGCCGACAAGCGCAUCUGCACCUCCCUGCUGAAGACGAAGACCUGCAGCCUGGAGCGCGCCCUGCGCCGCACGCGCCGCUUCCAGAAGUGGCUGCGGGCCAAGCGCCUCACCCCUGACUUGGUCCAGGGCCUGUCUAGCCCAAUGCUACGCUGCCCGUCCCAGCGUCUCCUGGACAGGAUAGUGCGGCGCUACGCUGAGGUGCCAGAUGCUGGCAGCAUCUACAUGGACCACCUCACCGACCGGGACAAACUGCGCCUCCUGUACACACUGUCCGUGAAUUCACAUCCCAUCCUGUUGCAGAUCUUUCCUGAUGUGGAGGGAUGGCCCUUCCCACGGUACCUGGGCUCCUGUGGACGGCUGGUGGUCAGCGCCAGCACCCGGCCCCUGCGUGACUUCUACGGUGCGGCUCCCGAGGUGGCCGCCGACCUGGCCCUCCAGCUCCUCACCGUCCUCCGCUCCAUGGGCACCAACGACCUCAACUAUUUCUUCUACUUCACCCACGUGGACGCUGGCACCUUCGGCGUGUUUAGCAACGGGCAUCUGUUCAUCCGGGAUGCCAGCACGCUGGGGAUCAUCGACAAGGAGGAAGGGAGCCAGCUGAUUGACGGCCAGCAGGAGUAUAAAGAUAUAUUUAGCUGUUUGACUGUGGACUGCCAGUCUGCAUUUGUGUCCUGUAACUCCAUCAGAGAGAAGCACAGCCUCGUCAUGGUGUGUCAAGAGCUUUUGCCUAAGCUCCUGAAAGGGAAAUUCCUGCAACCUGUACAGGAGAAAAUAGACAGCUUCCUGCAGUACUGCGCCAACGGCCUCGACGACGACCAGGGCAUCAACGAGGCGGUUGCAAAGCUGGCAGAGCUCCUGAGACCUCUGCGGUCUUGUGAUUCCCGUUUUGCCUACCGCUACCCCGAUUGCAAAUACAGUGACAAAUAUUGAUGGCUUCAGAGGAGGGGUCCCCCAGGAAGGACUGGGGCAGUGUCAGCCCUCUGCCAGCAUGGGAAGCAAGAAGGAACCAGGCUAGCCACAAAGAGCUGCACCAAAUCUGGGGCUUCCUCAUCAAGGAGGAGGAGGAGGGAGCAGAGCGCACAUGGGAUUUAUUGUUCAUCUCCCAGAGAUGCAUUUGUUACAUGGGAUGUUGGACAUGAUGUAAGGCUUAUGGAUUAUUAGCAUUAUUGUGAGUGACAGACACUAUGGGAUUAAUAAAUCUUAUUCAUGUACUUUGGCCUUGGAAGGGUUUUCCAUGCCAUCCGUUAAAAAGAAACCAUCUGAAGGCAGCACACUCACAACUAGCUAGCUAGAGGAGUUUAUUAUCAAGAAAGUCCUUCUGAUCGACAUGAUAUAUACAUAAUGUGGGAUGGAUGGAAGCAUUUAAGACUUUCCCUGUGGGGAUUUUCUAAAUCAUAGAUAAACUGAACCACCAGAUCAGUUCUGUACCAUCCCCCAUAACAGAUCACUUUUAUAAAAUAUUUAAAUUUUAUUACUUUUAUGGCACACAGAACAGACAGAUGCAGUCAACAGCAUUAAAAAGCUGAAAGGCCCCAUAUUUCUUGAGACUUAAUUUCUCCAAUGUCCAAAUAUAAUUACUUUUAGUCUCUUCCAAGAUGUCAGAGAGUAAUGGAGACUAGUAAAAGUUCUUGUUUUAACAUCAGAAAAAAAACCGGCACUGGAAUGUGCUUGUCCAGUAGAUACUUUCACACUUUUGUCUCUAAAGAAAACUGAAGGAACCAUUUGCACAAAACCAUUUAAAUGGAAAAAUUACUGUAAGAGGAGAAACAACACAAGCAGAGGAUGAGAGAUCAGUUUACCCUGAGCCCGAUGAGACUUGCUGAACACUCAAUACUCCGGCGUAGGUGCUGGGGCACCCCCUGAGAGCUGGGGAGAUCUAAGUCCUGGCCAUCAAGAGGUACAGCCAUCCUCAUCCAUUUUCCUUUCAAAAGAGGAAUCAGUAAGCCAGUCCUCAAAGGAGAGACUCAGGCACCUGAAAUUUGGGAUGGAGGGCUCUUUUUUUUCACAGCAGUGGCCAACCCAAGGGCUAGACGAAGGUGCCUCAUUUUGUGGGGGAAGGUUGCAAAAGUUGCAGAGUUGCAAACCACAACUUUCUCACCCAGGAUCUGUCAGUCCCCAUCCCAUGUGCUCCCCGUGGGGCAUUAGAGGCCCACACCAAACCUUCCCUGAUGUCUAGGGGACUGCCAGACCUCACCUGGGUUUGAGGUUUCCUCCUGUGAUCCAGGUGCAUGGGAGUCAACAAACAAAUUUGUCUGAGCUGAGUCAGAAACUAGACUUUCUGGAUCCCCCAUAAGUAUAUUUUCAUCAUGGAAACAGUCUUCCUUUAGCCACGGUUCAAAAAAUAAAUCAGUAACAGCAUAAAAGCAGAAAAAGGUGUGAGUGCAUUUGCAUUGCUGAUCAUUGUACGG